AUGCCGAUAUCAUCACAUAUCGCCUCAUUGUCAUUGCAUUUUCCAAAGAAUCAUCCCAGAACAAUAAAAGACAAUUUACGUGGUCCACAAUUCAGUCAAUGCGAUAAUCCAUCCUCUCAUAUCCCUUCUACGAGAUCAUCCUUUAGAUGUGUCACAAGGACAACAGAAGAAUGUCCAGAGACGUUAAAAUCUGUUAUCAGUGAUCUCACCAAUGAAAUGAAGACCACUAUCACAUCCUUCUGUUCACCAGCCUCUUGUAACAUCGAGUACAGCAAACUCUGUUUAGCUGAUCCUGUUCUGGAACAGGUGACUGUUCAAGAUGGUAAACUGUCUAAAGAUUCUUGCAAGAAAUUAAAACAGGUUCUUUCGUGUGUAACUAACCAUACAGUGGAUUGUCUCCCCUCAGAGUAUAUUAAAGUACAGUCAAUGGUAGAAGAGAAGAGAGUAUUGCACAGCGAGAAAUGUCCUUUAAUACCAGAACCCGAGUGUGAACGCUCUAUCAAACCUUCAGAUUCUAUACUAGCUGAAUUGGCAUUAUUUAAUAGUGGUCUGAUUCCUUCAUCUGUUUGCAGUAACCAACUCAAAGUUGACACGACCACAUUAGAAGAUAACAGUGAUUCUCAACUUCUUACAACUUAUAGAAAUACCAAGAUUGAGCAAUUCUGUAAAUGCAAAGAAUGUGAUACUGUUAAAGCUGCACAAAUUAUCGCCGAGAUAUCCGCUGAAUCCGAUAUUUGCUCAACGUUGUCAAGGUUUGAGGAACUAGGCCAGGUAAUAAGUGGUUGUAAUUCGGAUGAAGAUAUAACGGCUGUCACUGAUCUUCAAGGUGAUUUUAUCUCCAGUUGCACAGAGUCUCUACCAACCUGUCAGACCAAAGUCUGCUCACCAAGUAAUUGGGAAACGUGUUUGAAAGAUUCUCGCACCUGCGCGGAUAUCCUGACCUGCCUGACAGAUGAAUUAAAAGAUUGUGAAGAUGUAGAAAAGUUCAGAUAUUUCGCCGAAGCUAAAGUACGAGCGUUAGAAUUACCCUGUACCUUAACAGAGAUAUUUUCAGUCGGUUCUGUCGAGCAGGGAGUGUUUGUCUGUUAUGAGAGUGCUCAUAAAGAAAUAAUGAAAUUUCCUCCACGAAACGAUCAAAUGGUACUCUAUAUGUGUCCAACCUUCGACACUUUUAAAAGCUGUGUGAAGAAAAUUGAUAAAAUAGAUGCCGUGACGGACUUGGCGGUACAGAGAUAUCUGAAGGUAUUUGAACGGGUAGAAUCGGUGGCAUGUGACAGUUGGAAGACAGGUGAUACCAUCCAAUCUGGCUUUAGUGGUAAUGGUAAAUGUGACAUUAACGGGGGAAAGACCUGUCUCGAUGAUGUAGGGGAUAUAUUGGUGAACCUCGGGCCAGAUGAUGAUCUUGAUCAAGUCUGUAGCGCUGGAAUAUUGGAGAAACUACGAUGUGCUGCCACCUCGGUAUCUGAUAGUUGUAUCGCAACAGAGAAAUCAGAUUUUACUCUCUAUGAUAUCGCCUACGGACAGAUGUAUACCGCGUACCAAUCAGUCUGCGGACAAGAUAAACUACCAAACCUAGGAUUAACUACAGAGACAUUCUGUGGAACAGAAAGGAAAGCUUCAGUUUGUGUCGCCAAAUUUGUGAACCACGUUUCCACCAACGCUUAUUCUGUACAUCAACAAAAAUCUUGCAGUGAGUUAAAUGAACUGAAGGAGUGUCUGAACUCGCAGCUUUACUGUAAUGAAGAGUCGAGUAAGAAAUACCACGCAAUUUUAAAAUGGGCUGUCGACAUUACCAGUCUGUUUUGUGCUCCUGUUACAACCGACUGCGACGUCGAUGAAAUCAAAACAUGCGUCAAAGAUUACCUUACAGGACUGUAUUCAAGUUCAGAUGACAUUAAGAUCUGCAGCGAAUUGAAAAAGACGAAAACGUGUAUUGAAGAGAAAACAGCUAAAUGUUCGGACUAUCUGAAGCAGUAUGGUAAGCGUCAGUUGCAUCAAGCCGUAGGAUUGUCACCAGAAUCCUGCCAGAAACAGCUUCCAUGUGAGAUCUGCGAUCCUGCUGGUGCCAUCAAUUGUAUCUUAGACGUCCAUCACUGGUCUAAAUUUCUUUACCCCAACUGGCAACAAAUCUGCCCAGCUCUUGAUAAGUCAGCAGGUUGUGUCAAACAGCAUUUAGAGUCGUGUGAGGAGUGUGAGAAGGACACAGUUAAUGGUAUUGUAACCAAACUCAACUCCAGACUGAAAGAUACCUGCCAAUAUCCUCCUCAAACCAAGUGUAAAAUACAAGAAGCUAGACAAUGUAUAGAGAAGCUACGAUAUGACUGGUCGGAGAUGUCUGUGGAUGUCGACGAUGAGUUGGAAGAUUUUAUGUGUCUGUACGUAGGCCUAUCACUUUUCUUUAGAAAUAUUGUACCAGGAUUUGAAGGAGUUUGUAUUUCAUUAUUGGGACACAUUUCGUUUAAAAUGGUAUUUGCGAUGGUGACUUCUUAA